AUAGAAUUGGAAGAAAUAUUAUUGACUCUCAUGGUGAAUAGAUUACAAUAUGCAUAUAGAUGAGUAGAUAACUAAACAUAAUUCCUAAACUAAUAUGGAAUAUUAAAGAUAAGUUCUCUAUUCUAAUAUAUUGAUGUAUAUCUUGAUUUUGGGUUUGGGUCGAUCUUCCACAUCUUUCAAUACUCUCCAGCAAGCUCAUACAUGGUAACACGUGUGAGAUUGAAUAUAUUUUCAAAGUAUGGUACUGCAGCUUGUUAAAGCAGCAUUAGAAGUGGUUAUCUGAAAAAAAAAGCAACAGCGAUUUGUAGUAGUAAAGUAGUGCUGAAAAGACGGUCUUGUUGUUGUGAAUGAAACAAAGGCGGUUUUAAAGAAGCAACGGCUUGAUGAAGCUCGAUUGCUUGAGUAUAAGUAGAAUUUGAACGUUGCUUGAUGACUAUAUAGCUGGCCACCCAUUAAUUCUAUUUUGUAAUAUUUUCUUCGCUAGAGCAGAGAGUUUACAUUUUGAUCCACUGAUAUCCUUUUAUAUGUUUAUAUAUAAAUUUUCAUACCUCUUUCAUUUUGAAUACCCAAGAUAAUUUUGAUUGAUGAGUCUUUCACUGAUAUCCUUUUAUAUGUUUAUAUAUAAAUUUUCAUACCUCUUUCAUUUUGAAUACCCAAGAUAAUUUUGAUUGAUGAGUCUUUCACUGUUCAAGAAAUUCGCUUUCCAAAGAAAAUAAUUUAUACAUUGACCAUAUGCUUUCUUUUCCUUUGUUCCACAGAAGUCUUUAUUCCCACAUGUAAAUAUUAAUAUGAUACCCACGUCUAAAUAUUGACCAAGUUCACAACGCAUUUGACGACGUCUCAAGAAUUUUUCUGACGGGCAAUCGCGUGAGACCGAGUAGUUAAGGCCUCUGAAAGCUUAUAAAUAGCGAUCUCUUCUCCCUGAUCCGACCAAUGACUUCCCCAGACAGGAAAGGUAAGGCGACGACAGAGCAAUCCUCCCCACUUCCUUCACUUCCAGAUGAUUUGCUGUUGACCUGCUUCGCACGCGUCUCCACAUUGCACUACCCAACACUCACCCUCGUCUCCAAAAGAUUUCAAUCACUCAUCGCCUCACCUGAGCUGUACAAGAUCCGAUAUACAUUAGGCCGCACUGAGAGUUGUCUCUAUGUGUGCUUUGGGUCCGAUCAUGACCCUAACCCUCGCUGGUUCACUCUCUGCCUGAAACCUGACAGAAACGUGAAUAACGGGUCAAGUGGGUAUGUUUUGGUUCCAACCUCAGUUCCCCAUUCUGCUCCUGCGCACUGGUCUGGUCUUAUUAGCGGACCUUCCAAUGAUAUCUACAACAUCGGCGGCCCCCUUGAGGAUGCUCCAUCCUCAAGCGAGCCGGGAAACAUGUGGGUGGACCCAAUGGUCGAUGUCCUUGAUAGAAAGAUAUAUGUAACAAGAGGCUGCAAUCCAAACACUCGAACUUGGGACCCUGAGGGGUCGACCCCUCACGCUUUUGUAAGCUUAGUGGUUAGAAAAAAAGUUUACAUGUUUGGAUCCUCUGGCGAUUCGGUUUACAAACCCAAAAACGGUCAAUGGGAAAGGUUUUGGGGUUGGAAACCGAGUUUGGGAUGGUUUUCCUGUUGCGUGGUUGAAAAGGUACUGUACCGUUAUCGUUCCGAAGAGUUCAAAUGGUAUGACACCAAGGCAGGGCACUGGAGGAAGUUAAAGGGUUUGAAAGGACUGCCUAAGUUUGUCAGUUAUGGUUUUCAGUUGGUUGAUUAUGGUGGGAAGUUGGCGGUUGUGUGGGCCGAGCUCGUGCCUAACGGUGGCGAUAAGAAAAAGGUUGUUUGGUGUGCGGUAAUUACUCUUGAGAGGCCUAAGAGUGGCGAUGAGAUUUGGGGGGAGAUCGAGUGGUGUGACGUGGUUUGUACAGUCCCCAAGUCGUAUCAAUUGGAGUAUGCUCUUGAUGCUACUCUCUGAUCAA